AAGAGAGAUGAUGUGUCGAAUUUCCUCCGGGAGCUCAAUCCCCGAGGGUGUGAGAGCAGAGUACGCAGAAGGUUUACAAGAAGAACCUAUCACUCAAUGGGACCUAACUAUAUGUGGCACGCAGAUGGUUACGACAAACUUAAGCCAUUCGGUUUGGCCAUUUCGGGAUGCAUAGAUGGAUUUUCACGUAAAGUAUUGUGGCUUGAAUGUGGACCAACAAAUAAUAACCCAACAGUGAUUGCUCAAUAUUUCAAGUCAUGUGUGCGAAACCUCGGUGUCAUCCCCAUGAGACUGAGGACUGAUUGCGGCACUGAGAACGGCAUAAUGGCUGCAAUUCAAUGUACCCUACGCCACCAUCACAGUGACUACUACUCUGGAGCGUCCAGCCACAUGUACGGCUCAUCUGUAAAUAACCAGCGUAUUGAGUCCUGGUGGUCUAUAUUUAGAAAGGGAAGGUCUCAGUUCUGGAUGGAGUUAUUUGCGGACCUUAGAGAUGCUGGAUACUUCAACGGGAGUCAUGAGCAUCAGUGCCUAUUGAGAUAUUGCUUUGGUGAUGUUAUUCAGAAGGACUUGGAUGAGUGUGUGAGACUGUGGAACAGUCACAGGAUUCGCCCUUCCAGAACAGCAGCAUGUCCAGGAGGAAUGCCCAAUGAACUCUACUACUUACCACACAGGUUUGGCUCCAGAGACUGCGGAUUUCAAGUGGAACAGGCUGAACUGGAUGCCCUUCCUGAGGCCAGCCUGUCAAUGACUCCUUGUGGGGACCCAAACAUGCAGGAAUACUUGGACUUUGCCAUGGAACACAAUCAGAUACAGAAGCCGGAGAACUGGGAGUCUGCAUCAGAACUGUAUAUGAAACUAAAAGAAAUGGCUCAGCUAUGAAAUGAUCAAAAAGGUUUUUUUUGAAGUGGUGAAACACUGCUGCCUGUCUGAACACAAUAUUUAUGAAUCUGUCACUCAAAGCUUAAUUGUUUUUAAGUGUGAAGUAAAUUAAUCA